AUGAAUUUUUUGAAAACCAACAAUUUCAACUUUCAACAAUAUUGUUUGCAAACACAUGGCUCCAUCAAAAAAUUACUCGACAAAGCCAAGAAUGGUGAUAUUUUAGCCCAACAAGACCUGGGUUUGGCUUACUAUGAAGGAGGCGAUUUUCUGCCAAAGGACAUCGACAAGGCAAUCUACUGGUUAAGCAGUGCUGUCGAAAACGGUUAUGAAGAUCCAAACAUUCUUGGAAAACUUGGGGAAGCGCUAGAUUUAAAAGGAACACCGCCAUACCAACGGAAGGCUUUCGAGAUGUACAAUAGGGCUGCGAAUUUGGGGUGCACAAAUUCGCAAAUCAAUCUUGCAGAAAUGUAUCGAUGUGGAGUUAAAGGAGUCGUGAACGAAAACAUCGAAGAAGCUUUUAAAUGGUAUAAGAUGGCGGCUGGUGAAAACCGCCUGAGUAAUGUGGGAGCGCUGGAACAGUUAUUAGCUGGAGCAAUGAGAACAGUGGAUAAUACACUUGGUAGUGUGUUGAAAUUUAGGGUCCUUAGACUUUUGUUCAAAUACUAUCUCAAAGGAGAUUGUCCAGAAGGCCGACCACAACCAACCAAAGCUGUUUAUUAUUUGACCAGAGCAGCUGAACUAGGCGAUGCUGAGGCUCAGCUAGAGUUAGGACAAAUAUAUCUGACCGGAGGUUGUGAGCAACUCAAAGAUGUUGCAAGGGCAAGACGAUGGCUACAGAAGGCCUCUGCUCGUGGUGAUGUGAGGGCAAAGCAGGUAGGUGUGAUGGCAACUUUUGCAUUUGGAAUUAUUGGGGAGUGGGUGACAAGUGAUUAGCACAACUCUUUCUCAAACUCUCAAAUGAAAGAGUUAAAAGCUGUUCAUCACAGGUGUCAGGGAAUAAAUGUUAAUAGGUAACUUAUCAAGUCGCCACAAAGUCAUCUCACCCAACUGAAAGUUAUGUUUCCUGAAACCAGAGUUAAGUCACCCAAAAUUUAUGGUUAUGUUGGGUGAAAUGUUAUCAGGUGUAAUACACAGAGCGUGUAUAUGUUGUGUAUAUGGCAAAGAGCGUGUAUUAUGUUGUGGUUCAAUUUUAUCCUUGGUUUAAAUUUUAUUUUCCCUUGUUUCAAAGUCAUUAUCAUACAUUACCAUACCCCAAAACAAAAGAUAAUAAAAUUUAAACCAAGGAUAAAAUUGGACUGCAACAUAUAUAUCUGGUUCUUCAAAAUCUCAUGAGGAAAAACAAGUGGGUCAAAUUUGUAGAGGCCCUGCUAGGGUAAAUUCCGACAAGCGACAGGAUCCAAAAGGUAGCGACAGAGGGUAAAAUGAAAUUACGACAAGAGACAACCUUCCUCAGCCAAAUUGCGACAGUGCUGGCAAAGCCGAGAAUAAGAAUUGGACAAAGAACGUUGGAUUGGCUAAUUUAUCACCAGUCUGAAUGCCAAGAAGAAGUAAUUUUCAUCAAUUUUCCUUGAGCUUCUAAGAACGUCUCUUGUCAGUGAGCUUGUGUGGAGUCCCUCCGGUGAAUUGUGUUAAUUGUGAAGGGCGAUGUAUAGGUGUUCGAUAUGUGAAAUGUUAACAAAGAAGUUGCAGAACUAUAAUGGUUUCUUUACAAUGCAUCGCUUUUCCCCUUUUCUACAAUUCCGACAAAGACAAAGAAUUUUUGUUCAAUUUCCGAUAGUGGCGUGAAGCAUUUAUAAACAAUGACACGAGACGUUUUAAAAUUCAGGCAAGCAACAUGAGACCCCCCCCCACCUUGGCAGGGCCUCUGUGUAAUAUAUGUCGUUCCUUAACCCUUUAAGUCCCAAUAGUGUCUAACGUCAAUUUUCUCCUAACGAUAUCCAUACAAUGUCAAGAGACCAGGUUAUAAAUUAUAAUUUAAGAUCAUCGUUACAGCUACUACUGCAACCUUAUAAUGCUACAAAAACAAAAAAGACAUUGGGAGACAGAGCAUUUCAAGUUGCGUCUCCGGGACUGUGGAACGGUCUCCCAAAUGACAUUAGAAAUGCUAAGACAAUGGACGUUUUUAAGUCCUUAGUGAAAACUCAUCUUUUUAGGAAAGCGUAUGCUUGUUAUUUUUUUUUAGAAUUUUACAUUUUUGACUCUGUGUAAUUUUUAGUUUAUCUAUUAGAUAUGGACUGGAUAGUUUCACUAUAUUAGAUUUAUUAUUUUAUUAUUAUUUUAAUGUAACUUGUAAGGCGCAUUUGAAUAUAUUCAUAUAGAUAUUUGCGCCGAAUAAGUAAUAAAUUAUUAUUAUUAAAUUAUUGUUAUGAGAAUUAAUAAAGUGAUCACCUAAUGGAAAAUGCCUUGAUCUUUUAUCAAAUUCUCUCAACUUAUUCUUGAAGGAAAUGUAUAGAGAUCAGUUUGGAGAAUUUGUAUGUGGAUAUUGGGGCUUAAAGGGUUAAGCAAUGAUGAAAUGAAAGAAGCACAAUAAAUGAGAAAUAUAUCUUGUUCUUGUAGCUUUUAUGUAGACGAAACAAGCAUGAUGAAUGUGUAAUAGGGAUUUUAGGAUGUCGUUGAACAUGAUAAAAUUUUGGCCGAUAAAAGAAGCAUUUCAGGCAACUUAACUAAAAAUUUAGGGAAUAUAGCUCUGGUUUCAGAUUACAUAACUGCAGGCAAGAUGACUUUUGACUUUAAACCUGUUAAUAUAAUCAGUCAUCAGUUCGACAUAUGAAGGGUUGAAAGUAAAAGGGGUACAUGUGAUGAUUUUGAUCAAGGCUGUGCUCUAACAAAAAUUAAAGGGGGCCCAGAACUUUGAAGCUGUGAAAUCUAGGGUGCCCAGCAUAUGAUUUUUAUGAAAAAACUAAGAUUUUCUGGUCAACCAGGAGCAAAAGUAGGGUGCCAGGGGCCACCGGACUGUGCUAGAGCACAGCCCUGUUGACUGAUACUAAAAAUCAUUGCUCAAAUGGCCUUAACUUUUUCAUGCACAUGCCAUUGUUAAUUGCUCAACAAAUACUGUCUUGAUUCAUUUAUUUCCUGUCAGUCCAAAUAUGUACAGUGGAACCUCUAUUCAGGGGACACCCUAGGGACCAAGGAAAGUGUCCCCUGAUUAGAGGUGUCACAAAGUAGAGGUUCCACUGUACCAAUGUUUUCUCAUUUUGUGUGGGUUCCCUGUGGAUUCACUGACUUUGCUGUCAAUGGCCAAAGAAACUACUUUGGUUCUAUACCAGUCGGUGGUUAAAUUUAACUGCUCAAAGGCAAGAAACUUGCUUACAUAUGCAAAAAUGUCUUCCCCAAUUAUCUUGGGUUUAUUUCUCGCCAUCUACGAGUAAUAAAUAGAAAAGAAAUCAAGACCUCUCUCCUCCACAGAGGCUCCUACUAGGUAUUCCUACCGAUAAAAGUAGGAAUACAAUUUGCCUCUGCAGUGGAGAGAGGUAUGGAACUAGCUACUGCUAGACUGUUGGUUGGUGAACAUUUAGAGUGAUUUUUGUAUGACCUUGAAAAAUGGUUUCGGUAAGUGUUCGUUAUUUGUUUUAUCAGCCAAUGGAUGAAGAGAUCAAAACAUGGCCUCUUCCUUUUCCCGCCAAAGAAAACCCUAAUAUGGAGAAGGCAUUGUUCGAUUGGCCAAUCAUGCUGCAGUAUGAUGUCAAAGCGAAGUAGCGAUUGAUUUCUAGAAAGUUCUCGGGCUUGAACUUUUUUUUCACCGGAAGGUUUGCGUAACCAACCAAACGCCAAGCGCAUUUGUAUCUGUUCCAUAAAUCAAUCAAAUGGCUCUAUUUCCGUUCGUUUGUUGUGCUUGUUUUGUUCACGCGUUUUCAUUUUGAGGACAUUCGAAAAUCGCUCUUUUUGUGUUGAAGAAAAGGCAAGCAUAUGGCUAAGAGAGAAGGUAAAGGCAUCGAUGAAAAGGUACAGAAGAAUAUUUGUAAAUUAGCUUGUACUGUAGGCUGUCUUACCUGAGAAGCAAAUUUCUUAUGGUCUAGGUUGUAAUGCUAUUAGCAACGUGUAUUUUGUUCAGAUACAAGUUUUGUUUCAAUUCAUAGUUUUAUUUUUUUGUUUUCAGCUUCUUGAAGAAUGUUUAAAGCAAAGUGUUGAUACUAAACAUACUGCAUCAGAAGUAUCCGAAGAGGCUUUCCUUCAAACAUGUGAUAUCUUGAAGGAAAAAAUGAAGCAAAGAUCUGAGGCAAGACUGCAUCCCUUUGCUAUUUCUCAGCCAGUUCCUUUAACAGAAGAAUUGCUCUCUGAUUUUGUAUGGUCUCCAACAGCAAGAAUUUACCUCCAAGCUUUAAAACAAGUGAAAGAAGGCUUUGAAGUUCUUCAGAAGAGUAACUUUACUAAUGAAAGAGGAAUUGCUCUUAUAGCUCACGGGUAUUUGACAGAGAAUUCUAUACUGCAAGCAUUUCCUGCUGAUGUUUAUAUAAUUCCAAUACUGCCUCAAUUAUUUCAAUUAUGCGAGAAAACGUUGGAGAAAAACCCAUAUUUCUUUGAAGCCCUUGUUGUUUCAUUUGCUUUGCAAGCUUAUGAAAGAAAAGUUUCUAUGCAGGGAUCUAUUGGGGAUAUGAAGAAAAUCAUGUGUAUAGAUAACUUAAUUCAUUUUAUCAAGAAUGCUGAGCCAGAUGGUGUUCCCUCGCAAGAACCCUUCAAUGUCAAUAAGAACUAUAGUAGCUGGCUUCAUCUUUUGUAUUACUUCUUGGCAGCAAUCUUUACUGCUGGAGGGGUCUAUGCAGAUGCAGCCGAGGCUUAUGAGAACUCCCUUCAGUAUUGCCCAGCAUAUUACGAGUCCAAGAGAGGACUUGGCUAUACAUUACUGUUGCUGUAUAUUUCUAGAUUACCGGUUAGUGAGGAGUUGAGGCAGGUGGUAAAAUCCAGAGAAGAGUUGCCCAAGCAAACAAUGAGUGAGAGAAAGAUUCCAAAAUAUGAUUCUUGGACAACUCAGCAACUGAAAGAAAUGGCUAUAAAAGUGUUAAAUGAGUAUAUGGAUAAGGCCCCUUGUUGCCACAAACCAUACCCACAUGCUUACUAUUAUUUGGCACAAAUUUCUCUACUUGAGCAAAAACUAGCUGAAUUCAGGAAAUAUUAUGAACAAGGCCAAGAUGCAGAAGAAAAGAGACUUCCUUUUUUUGAACCAGUUUCCCUGCCAAUGAAAGAUCUCAUGACUCCUGUUUACCAACUAUUUGUCAAUGUACAGAAACCAACUGGGUGUGGCAACAGGUCUUGCAUUCAGAAGGUCAAAGAAACUGAGCUGAAGUCGUGUAGUCGAUGUAGGAUGCAAAAAUAUUGUAGCAAGUAA